CACACACUGAGAUCUUUGUCACAAACUGCUGGAUUUCCUGCAGAAAGAUGGAAACGCUGCUCGCAUUCUGCCUCGCUCUCAUGUUCAGCUCCUCAGUUUUGUCCACGACUCUCGCUCAGGUUGGCACCGAUGUCCCGUCUGGUUCCAGUGACGCCACAACCAGUCCGGUUGUAGUCCCACCUGGUCCCACUGACGCCUUACCGGUAACGCCAGGACCCGCUACCACGCCAACCACCGACAACACAACGGCCACUGUUACCAUGACAACCACCACCCCAGACCUCACUACACCAUACAGCGAUGGCCCCUCCCACGGGACAACCGUCAGUACUGCUGCCACGGCAACGGCCAGCUACUCAUCUGCUCCUGCCUCCUCUGGGAAAUCAGAUACGAGCCUGAACCCGAUGUCCAGCCCAACCUCAAGCCCGGGUACGAGCCAGACCACGACCCUGCCGGCAGCCCCUAACUGCCUGGGGGUUCCCGGGUGGGGGAUAGCCCUGCUGGUCCUGGCGGCGGUCGCGCUGCUUCUGCUCCUCCUGCUGCUGGUUGGUCUGCUGGUGUGGCUGUGCUGCCGGCGGUGCAAGAAAGGCUUCAGCCCGUACGAGAACCCGGCCUACAGGGACGACAUCCCGCUGUACACCACCCACAGCCGCUUCGACGGGGUCAACGGGAAGCCCAUCAGGAUCGACCUGCUGAAUCUUUGUCUGGCAGCAGACCUGAAGAAGCCUCUGACUGAACACUGUUGUUUCCUCACGGUGUUCUGA